UUCAAGACACAUGACGACUAAUAGUCACUCAAUUGCCAGUUCUACUACUAGUAGUUCUACGCUGCGGCUGACAUCCUCUGCUCGAUAUGAUAAGAUACGAACGAUAUCUCGUCUUCCCAUAAUUCCUCUCAUCUCCUAGCAAAGAUGGCACCGGUCCAUGUCCUCGACCAAUACUACCUCGGAAUCACCCUUCUUGUCACCAUCGCAUGCCAGCUCAUCGCAUUUUCCGUUUCGUGGAAGCUCAAGACCGACAAGAUUAUUGACUUUGCCGGUGGCGUAAACUUUUUGAUCCUUGCGUUGAUGACUCUCCUCCUGGGUAACACAUUCUGUGGUCGAAAUGUUGCGGCUAGUUUCUUCGUGAUGAUAUGGGCGGCGCGGCUUGCAGGUUUCUUGUUACUUCGCGUUUUGAAUAGAGGACGUGAUGCCAGGUUUGACGGUAUUCGGGAGAACUUCGGAAAGGUCUUUGGGUUUUGGAUAGGUCAAAUUGUUUGGGUCUGGGUUGUUUCGCUUCCCAUCACCAUCCUCAACUCUCCCUCUACUGUUGGUUUUGACGCACGCACGCACGUCUGCCACCCGGAUUUCGGGACAUCGCGUGAUAUCGCCGGCAUCAUUGUAUGGGGGAUCGGCUGGAUUAUUGAAGUCGUGGCAGACUUGCAGAAGUACUUGUUCAAGUCAAUGGGUCCUCCACCGGAGAUCAUCAUGGACGUCUUUGGCGAUAUUCUCGGCAUCCCGCUUACUUUGGAGAGCAUGUCCACUGCUCCUCUAUUUUCUCUACCUGUACUGACAAACCACAGAAUUCUUUGCUGGUGGGGCAUCUGGAUCAUCUCAAUUUCUCCGGCAACUUCUAGCGCAUCAGGCCUCAGUAACUCUGCAAAGUCAGCGCUGUUUGGCGCCGUCGUGUCCCCGAUCUUGACAAUGAUUCUACUCCUCUUUGCGUCAGGUAUCCCUCCAGCAGAACGUUCUAUGGCGCGAAAGUUUCAGAUGCUCUCUCAAGACGAUACACCGCCUGCGAAUGGCGCACAACACAAUCCUGGAACCGCUCCAACAGUAAACGCUUCCCCUGCCCACAACACUUCGCCUGUCGAUGCGGUGAACCCGACUUCCCACGGUUUUGAGUCCCUUCCAGAAUUGCCUCCUGUACCAAGCCCUUGGGUGGCAUACCAGGAGUACCUUGCGCGUACAUCGAUCCUCAUUCCUGUUCCACCAUUCCUGUACCUUCGCAUCCCUCGUAUUAUCAAGGAGACAGUGCUGCUUGACUGGCCAUGGUAUCGUCGAGUGGAUCCACCGAGAAAUCACAGCAAUGAUGGCGAACGGGCGGAGCGCACCGGUGAUGUCCCCCGAGCGGACAAUGCUGCUUGAAAUCUGGUCAUCUGGGCUAAGUUGGACUAUUGAUCUACUUUCAAGUUUAGUAUACGCCUGCGUUGAUCGACCGUUAUGUAGCGACCCGUUCCAACA